GCAGCAGCAGCGGCGGCAGCAGCGGGGGGAGGAGGAAGAGAAGGAGGAGGAGGGAAGGAAGAUGGCGGCGGUGGAGCUGGAGUGGAUCCCAGAGACGCUCUACAACACCGCCAUCUCUGCCGUGGUGGACAACUACAGCCGCUCCCGCCGCGACAUCCGCUCCCUGCCCGAGAACAUCCAAUUCGAUGUUUACUACAAGCUUUACCAACAAGGCCGUUUAUGUCAACUGGGUAGCGAAUUUUGUGAAUUAGAAGUUUUUGCUAAAGUGUUGAGAGCUUUAGACAAAAGACAUUUGCUUCAUCACUGUUUCCAGGCUUUGAUGGAUCAUGGUGUGAAAGUUGCUUCGGUCUUGGCCUAUUCAUUCAGUAGACGGUGCUCUUAUAUAGCAGAAUCAGAUGCUACAGUCAAAGAAAAAGCAAUCCAGAUUGGCUUUGUUUUAGGUGGCUUUCUCUCAGAUGCAGGUUGGUACAGUGACGCAGAGAAAGUUUUCCUGUCCUGCCUUCAAUUGUGUACCCUACAUGAUGAGAUGCUUCAUUGGUUUCGUGCGGUAGAAUGUUGUGUGAGGCUCCUACAUGUUCGAAAUGGAAAUUGUAAAUAUCAUUUGGGUGAAGAAACAUUCAAGUUAGCUCAAUCUUACAUGGACAAGCUUGCAAAACACGGCCAGCAGGCAAACAAAGCUGCUCUCUAUGGAGAACUAUGUGCUUUACUCUUUGCAAAAAGUCAUUAUGAUGAGGCUUACAAAUGGUGCAUAGAAGCUAUGAAGGAAAUCACAGUUGGAUUGCCAGUCAAAGUAGUGGUGGAUGUUUUACGACAAGCUUCAAAGGCUUGUGUAGUAAAACGUGAAUUUAAGAAGGCAGAACAGUUAAUAAAACAUGCAGUGUACUUAGCACGAGAACAUUUUGGAGCCAAACACCCAAAAUACUCAGAUACACUGCUAGAUUAUGGAUUUUACUUACUCAAUGUAGAUAAUAUCUGCCAGUCUGUUGCAAUUUAUCAGACAGCUCUUGAUAUUCGACAGUCAGUAUUUGGAGGAAAAAAUAUCCACGUAGCCACAGCGCAUGAAGACCUGGCUUAUUCAUCUUAUGUUCACCAGUAUAGUUCUGGAAAAUUUGACAAUGCACUAUUCCAUGCAGAACGAGCCAUUGGAAUCAUCAAUCAUAUCCUUCCAGAAGACCAUCUUCUAUUGGCUUCCUCAAAGAGAGUAAAAGCACUUAUUUUGGAGGAGAUUGCAAUUGAUUGUCAUAAUAAGGAAACUGAGCAGAGGUUGCUUCAGGAAGCUCACGAUUUACAUCUGUCUUCACUCCAACUGGCUAAAAAAGCUUUUGGGGAGUUUAAUGUUCAGACUGCAAAACACUAUGGCAACCUUGGAAGACUUUAUCAGUCUAUGAGAAAAUUUAAGGAAGCAGAAGAAAUGCACAUCAAAGCAAUUCAGAUUAAAGAACAACUUCUUGGUCAAGAAGAUUAUGAAGUAGCCCUUUCAGUGGGACAUCUGGCUUCUUUGUAUAACUAUGACAUGAAUCAAUAUGAAAACGCAGAGAAACUUUACUUGAGAUCAAUAGCAAUUGGUACGUCAUUUAGCUUCUUUCCAGUUCACUGAUUAAAUUGAGCAACA